AUGCACAUAACUGAGAAUGAAGGAGAAGGUUGUGCGAAGUUCCCAACGGGGCCUGAGCACAAAGAGAUGAACGAGAAUGUUAUACAGAGAACUCAGGUGGAAGAGAGACCCUAUAAAUGUAGCCAAUGUGGAAAGAGCUUCAAACACAGGUCAAACGUUUAUGAACACCAAAGAGUUCACACAGGAGAGGCCCCCUAUUUAUGUAUGUGGUGUGGGAAAAGCUAUAAGACCAAGACGUCCCUUGUUCUGCAUGAAAGAAGUCACACGGGAGAGAAGCCCUAUAAAUGUGAGGAAUGUGGAAGAAGCUUCAGUCGUAAGUCAAACCUUGCCUCGCACCAAGUUAGCCACACUAAAGAGAAGCCUUAUAAAUGCUCAGAAUGCGGGCAGAGCUUCAGUCAUAAGUCCAACUUGAACGUACACCAGAGAACCCACACAGGGGAGAGGCCAUACAAAUGCUCAGAAUGUGGCAAGAGUUACCUAACUCAACCCAACCUUAGGGUGCAUCAAAGAAUCCACACAAAAGAGAAGCCUUAUAAAUGUGAGAAAUGUGGAAGUAGCUUCAUUCAAAAGAGCACUUUGAACGUACACCAGAGAACCCACACAGGGGAGAGGCCAUACAAAUGCUCAGAAUGUGGCAAGAGUUACAGUACCCGAUCCAACCUUAGGCAGCAUCAAAGAAUCCACACUAAAGAGAAGCCUUAUAAAUGCUCAAAAUGUGGGCAGAGCUUCAAUCGUAGCACACAUCUGAAAAGACACCAGAGAACCCAUGAAGUGGAGAAAACAUACAAAUGCUCAAAAUGCGACAAGGACUUUACUUCUCCGUUUGAUCUCAUUAAACAUAACAGGAUGCACAUUGAAGAAGGACCUCACAAAUGCUCAGAAUGCGGAGAGAGCUUCAGGUGCAGCACCUCCCUUAUGGCACAUCAGAGAAUUCAUAGAGGAGAGGAGCCAGAUUUUGGCCUGAGCCAUGCUUCUGAACCAAGUCUUGUUGAACAAAAUAUAACGCGCCCUGAAAAGAAAUGUUUUGUAUGUUCCAUUUGUUCCAGAACAUUUGGGUGCAGCGGAAGCCUUGGGUUACAUCAACUGAAGCAUAAAUAG